ACUCCUACUACUAUUUUUUACAAUUUUUUUUUAUUUAAUUUUUUAUUAAAAAAAAAGUGGAAAACAAAGGUCUUCACUUCACCUGAAAAUCUGCGACCAGACUCUGCAGUUUCAUUGCCCUUUUUCUUAAACAGCAUCAAAGCUUAUUUAAAUCACACCCCUUGCUUCUUUCUCUCUCUUCUUUCCCUUCUUUCUCUCUCUACUCUGUUUUUUUUUUUUUUUUUUUUUUUUUUGCCCAUUUCCAAUAAUUUUGAUUAUUUUUUAAUUUUGGGGUCAAAUUAACUCAAAAUGAGUGAUUAAAAAAAUGGGAAAUUUUGUGUUUUAAUUUUAGGCAGUGUGAACUUGUUGUUGUUGAGGAAAGUUGAAGUCUUUCCAUUUACACCUUCUACAAAUCUUGAAGAAUUCCAUGGAUUGACAAAUCUAGGGUUUGAAUUUUCACCAAAGGUCUGUCCUUUUUUCUUGACUAGUGAUUUUUUUUGUUUGAUCUUUGAUUUUUACCAUUGUCAAUGAAUCAAAAUCUCCUGGGUCUUAAUUUAUUUGAAGAAUUAGUCAUUUUCCAAGUCUAUACUCUUAAAUUCCUUAAAAAAGAUUGAAUUUUGUUCUUAAAGUUUGAAUCUUUACCUUAAAUUCUCAAAAUGGGUGCUUAGAAGUUCUGUUCUUUGCUGAUUUUGUUGUGAUUUGAGUAAUAAUUUGUGGAAUUUAUGGUUGAUUUUUAUUCUGGGUUUCUGGGGUUGGGAGUUUAGGGUUUAGAAAUUUCAAUUUAUUUUUGGGUAUAAAUUCUGCCUUUCCUAUAAAAUGGAAGGAGUAGAAGAAGCUAACAAAGCAGCAAUUGAAAGUUGUCAUAGAGUUCUAAAUAUAUUAUCUCAAUCCCAAGAUCAAACCCAGUUUUGGAAUUUAGGUUCUGAAACUCAGCAAGCUGUAACUAAGUUUAAGAGAGUUGUAUCUCUUCUUAGCAAUGGUUUAGGUCAUGGAAGAGCUAGAAUAGUUAAGCAUAAUAGGAGUACUGCAACCCCUUUUACUCAAACCCUUUUUCAAGAAAGUUCUAAUGUUCCUAAGAUUGAACCUAGUUCUAGUAAUCAGCAGCCUGUUACGACUACUUUCCAAUUGCUGAAACCCAAUUUGAAUGAGAGCUCAAUUCAAGAGAAUGGAUCCACUACUGGGAAGAGUUGUCUGUCAUUGGGUGGAAAUUUGUCAUUGGAAUUGAAUUCGGGUGCGAAAACAACCCCGAUUCAGGUUGUUCACCCGAGUUCGUCGACACAUUUUCAGUUGUUUCAGCAGCAGCAGCAGAAGCUUCAGCUUCACCAGCAGCAGCAGAUGAAACAUCAGGCUGAGAUGUUGUAUCGAAGGAGUAAUAGUGGGAUCAAUCUGAAUUUCGAUAACUCUAGUUGUACCCCGACAAUGUCAUCGACUAGGUCGUUUAUUUCUUCGUUGAGUGUCGAUGGAAGUAUGGCUAAUUUGGAUGGCAAUGCGUUUAAUUUGAUCGGUGUGAGUCAAUCGUCAGACCAGUUGUUAAGCCAGCAUAGGAAGAGGUGCUCUGGCAAAGGGGAAGAUGGGAGUGUGAAAUGUGGGAGUAGUGGAAGAUGCCAUUGUUCCAAAAAAAGGAAGCAUAGGGUGAAAAGAUCAAUCAAGGUUCCUGCUAUCAGUAACAAGUUGGCUGAUAUCCCUUCGGACGAGUACUCUUGGAGAAAAUACGGGCAGAAGCCGAUCAAGGGCUCACCUCAUCCUAGGGGCUACUACAAGUGUAGCAGCAUGAGAGGCUGCCCUGCCAGGAAACAUGUUGAGAGGUGCUUAGAAGAUCCGUCAAUGCUUAUUGUUACUUACGAAGGUGAGCACAAUCACCCCCGCCUACCAUCACAAUCGGCAAACACAUGAUUCAAUCAAGCGGGGUGCCCCUCCUCGACUUUUGUGGAACAUGAUAGAUUGAUCUGAAUUGCUCCUGUACAUAGUUCCUUUGACUCAGGCAAGUGCAGAAGUAAGGAAUAGCCUUUCAGUAUUUUGGGAGCAUUUUUUGGGGGGUUUGGUUUUAGAUAAAUCAAUUUCAGGCUUUGUAUUUCAGGCUUGACAACGAAGGGGGGUUCCAAGGCUCAAGGGUUUAAAGUGUAAAAAUCGCUUCCAUCUUUGACAUUAUGUGUUUAUUACAGUUGGGGGAGGUGUUCAUAUGGUUCAUAACUUUGGCAUGUCAAACAUUUCAAGUUUCAGUCUUGUAGUGUUCGUAGCUCUUAUCAUGCUUAGUUUCUCAUCUUAUGGUUUGAAAGAAGAGUUAAAGUACUAA